UGACAGACUGCAGUGUUGCAAUUGUUAUUAAAUAUGCAUUUUAAGUGGAUUUAGUCGACAUUUACAAUACCUUACUGUAAAUCUAUUAAUGUGCAAUGGCCGAAUCCGACAACAGCAACUGCCUUAAAGGCUAUUCCUAUGCUGAACCAGAAAUCCAACAAUUUGUGAAAGACUUUAGUAAGCUUAUCCUGGAAGACGCUCUAAUACCACAAACAGACCCAAACACUAAAGUUCUCAAUUUUAAGCAACCUUUAGACUUGCAGAAAUUUUUAGACCUCGAAAUUUUAGAAGAACCUAUACCACGUGAGAAGUUGUUGGAGCUAGGAAAGAAAGUAAUAGAUGGAAGUAUUGUACCAGGCCAUCCACAUUUCUUCAACACUAUGUACACCGCCAUUGAUCCAUAUAGUCUGUUUGGAGCUUGGUUAACCGAGGCCCUUAACUGUAAUGUACACACAUAUGAAGUGUCUCCAGUUAUGGUGACGUUAGAAAAUUAUAUUUUCAAGAAGAUAUCAUCAGUGAUUGGGUAUCCAGAUGGUGAAGGCAUUUUCUGUCCAGGUAGUUCCUUCUCGAAUCUUACAGCUAUACAUUUAGCUAGAUUCAGAUAUAAUUCCACUUUAAAGCAAAAAGGCAUGUUUAACUGUGAACCAAUGACCAUUAUGAAGUCCGAAGACGCACACUAUUCUAUUGAGAAAGGGGCAAGCUUUCUUGGAUUUGGCACGGAUAAUGUUGUUACAAUUAAAACCGAUGAUAGAGGAAAAAUUAUUCCGGCUGAUUUAGAAAACAAGAUACGUCAGUGUAAACAAAAUAAAUGUGCUCCCAUCAUGUUUAUGGCAACGUGCGGGACAACAGUGUUGGGAUCUUAUGAUGAUCUUGAAGCAGUGGCCGAUAUUUGUCAACGGCAUAACGUGUGGAUGCACGCCGACGGAGCAUGGGGAGGUGGAGUAAUGCUGUCCGAUAAGUUGAAGCAUCUAACGAAAGGAAUUGAAAGGUCUGAUUCAGUAGCAUGGAAUAUCCACAAAAUGGGUGGGGCAGGUAUCCAGUGUUCUGUUUUCGUAGUUAAAGAAAAGGGAUUUUUGGAAAAGUGUAAUGCAUACAGAGCAGAAUAUCUGUUUCAACCAGAUAAAAUUUACGACACUUCAUAUGAUAUAGGGGACCGAACAAUUCAAUGUGGUCGUAAAAAUGAUGUCCUUAAACUGUGGUUGAUGUGGAAAGGUCGUGGUGACAAAGCCAUGGCUGCUAGGAUAGAGAAAGCAUUUGAAAAUGCCACGUAUCUAACAGAAAAACUCAAAUCAACAGAAGGAUUUCGUUUAGUUUUACCAGAGUUUCAGUGUACCAACAUUUCAUUUUGGUAUAUUCCACCGCGUCUCCGUGGUCAACAUGAAACAGCAGAAUGGUGGAAAAAAGUUGGGAAGGUAGCUCCAGAUAUAAAGAGUCGGAUGAUGAUCAAAGGUUCUAUAAUGAUCAGCUAUCAACCUCUAUCUACAAAGGGAUGGGUUAACUUCUUCAGAGUCAUUGUUGGAAAUCCUGUAUGUGAAAGAUCUGAUAUGGAUUUUAUCGUUGACGAGAUCAUAAGACUUGCUGAAAAUGUGUAAAUUAUGUGGGUAACACAAAAUCGAGUAGCUUUAUUCUUACUGGGUGUUUCUUUUUCAAAAUGCUUUUGAUGUAUGCUUGAU